AUGACAAGGCUCCGCGGAGGUUCUAUUGAUGACCCAGCCAUCACGCGAUCCCCCGGCGGGCGAACUCACAGUUAUCGGUCAAAACUCCCACCAAACGCACCGGAUGCGCUCAUACACAACACCAUUGAAGUAUCUGAUCCCUCAAGGGUCCUCCCCCGAUAUCGCGAUGAUCGAAGACGAAAAUUUAAUAGCUUGGUGCGCAGGUACAAAGCUCAACUGCUUCACGGCUGCGAUGAUCCCUCGUGUCGAACCACUACAUGUGCCAGUCACCGCAGAAGACUCAGUGAAGCUCCAUACCGUCGAUAUACGGAACUGAGCGCGAGGACCCUGGCAUGCUACCUCGCUAGCUUAGACGAUGCGGAGACCGGUUUAUGUCUGAAUGUGCCUAAACCUCCACCACAACUAACAGCGGAAGAUUACCAUCGGAUUUCUCUACGUCGAACACGUACACUUGAAGCACAGAUAGCAGCGGCUUACAGAUCACCAAAACUGGAUCAGGACGAUGAAGGCCAGUCGGCUCGCAACAUGUCCGGGCCCACGCAAGAUAGAUCAGCCGACUCAAAAGUGAAAGAAGGGAAUUAUUCACCUCAAAUUCCCUCCGGGGGCAACUAUAUUCAAGACCUCGACCAUACCGCCGAACAGCAACUCAAAGACCCCAAAUCUUUUACACAGAACCUCUUUGAUACAAUCUCACUCCGUAUGGUCGAGUGGCUUCCUCUUCGCCGUUCCCUAGAUGCAUUCGAGUCAACGCUCAAGACACCCGCACCCGCACCGGAAGGUCAUUCAUCCACUGCUGAGAAGCGCCACUUCCAUGUCGACAAAGUUUCAGACAGAGAUCUUAAAAUCCACGGCAGCUCCACACAUGCGCGCCAGCCAAGCUGCCAACCACGUACUCCUUCAUCACGAACCUCGGGAUCUCAGGCCUCCGCAGUUGAGCUCAAGCUUCAGAACCAGCAUGUCAAACGACUAUCAGUCUCCGAGAUCGACCAUUGGCGCCAGAGUCCACGUUCAAGCCUUGACGAUAAAAGGAAACCAGAAUUCAACAAGAAGCUCCCGGUGGCUUCUUCUGAUGAUUUCGUCAGUUUACCCUCACCGCCAGCGUUAAAGCAUCGUCCGCAAAAACACCGCGGAAGAAUUGGAGAUGUCGAUCCAGUACCUUUAAAGGAACAGCGCAAAAGUCAACGGCGUGUCUCCUGGGACAGCCAGAAGUUGCUGGAUGAAGUAUCUCCUAUCAACAGUACGGCAAGCACAGAGCUUAUGUCUUCUCCUCCUUUUCCUCCUUCCGUUGCUCUACCCCCCAGUGAGCACACGAAAAAGCAGGCCUCUGCUGAAAACCCGCUAGACACGAUCCCACUAGCCCAGACAGUCACUCAUCUUACACCCGAGAUCAUCGAUGGCCUGUCACAAGUCAUGAUAGGAUCUGCGGAAGAUGCUGAUUGCUGGAAAGAGGAACUUGAUCGUAUCCAGUGCGCUGGCAGUUUUGAGCAGCCGGAAUGGUGCUUUGCCUCUCUACGUCAGCGUGAAGUAUUUCCGUUCGUUGCUCAAAGUGCAUUCUUCGUGUUCAGCAGCCCCAGUCAGAUCUUGCACUCCUUUAGUAGCGAGUCAACAGAUAUUAUCGGGGCUACUUCCAGUCGUCUGGAUGUUUCCAAUUUGCGUUUAUCACUACAGCGCUUAUUUACAAUCUGCCCUUGGGAUAUUGCACUACAUAGCCUGUGGAGCUCUCUCGGCAAGCUCUUUGUUCCCCCACGGGGGUUCACUUCUUCUGGACGGCCAUCCCGCCGGUCGUCUCGUAGUUCGACCAUGACAGGAGCUGCGCCCCCUCCGGCCGUUCCCCGACGAAUGUCUGAGUCUGCCAAUGAAGAUUAUCUGUCGGAUCCUGAUGCCGCCUACAUUGCCACGAUUGCCUUGUUCACUUUGGUCAGCUUUGUGCCUCAUGUCGACCCGGGGACUUGGAAAGCCGUAGUUCGGAUGCGUGCCGCUGGGUCUGUUGCCUCACUAUCGGAUAUGCGCAAGCUGCCUCCGAAGAAUGCUCAGCAAGCCGUCGAGGUGACAGACAGAUUCGAGCACGAGUUAGGUAUCCGCCUCAUUGGCCGCCUCGUGCAGGCUCUUACUGCACGACUGGCAUACCAUGAAAUAUCAAAGACCUGCCAAGUAUACAGCCUAAACCUACCAAAUCAACGAAAAAUCAGCGUGCUGGACCGCGUGGUUGAUUAUCUUAGUGAGCAUCACAUCUCUCAGACUGCUAGCAACGAUGGGCCCGGUGGGUCCAUUUGCGCAGCCUCCCUCAUUGUUGAGUGGCUUCGGACUCUUUUCCUGCGUGAAUGGGACGGCAACCCUGAAAUGGCUCGGAGCAGCCCAGCCGGUGGUGCCGUUCAUAUUCUAGCCUCAAUGUACAAGGAACGAAAUCGGCUAGGUCUCAUACCCGAAGACUUCCAUACACCUCUUCUCGCAGAGCGGCUGGACCCUUUGGAUAUGCCUGUGGCAUGGGUUGGGGGGCUUCCGAACAACCGAACGAUGCACCUGCUAUCGUACUCUUUCCUUUUUCCUCCAUCUUCCCUUGUGAUAUACUUCCGAGCUUUGAACUAUUCCGCCAUGACUAAGUCCUAUGAGGCUGCUAUGACCACCACGAGACACGUCAAUCAGACUGCCUUCGACCCUAUUCGAAUUUCCGACGGUCAUCGACUCCUCACCCGCAUGAAAACAUCCAUGUCGUCCUAUUUCGUUCUCGUUGUCCGCCGAGAUGAUAUUCUCUCCGGUGCCUUGAGCCAACUAUGGCGGCGUGAAAAGCGCGAACUGAUGCGACCCUUGAAGGUACAAAUGGGCAUGGAUGAAGGAGAAGAAGGGCUUGACCAUGGUGGAGUUCAGCAAGAGUUCUUCCGCUUGCUCAUGGGCCAAGCCUUUGACCCAUCUCAUGGCAUGUUCGUCGUUGACACUCGACACCGCAUGUCUUGGUUCCAACCGUGCUCAUUGGAACCUCUCUACAAGUUUGAACUCAUUGGUCUACUGAUGUCUCUUGCGAUUUACAAUGGCGUGACUCUCCCUGUGAACCUUCCUAUUGCCUUCUACCGCAAAGUGCUGGGCUUGAAGGUGAAGCAUCUAGAACACAUUCGAGAUGGAUGGCCGGAACUAAGCCACGGGCUCGACACUUUAUUGGCAUGGAAAGAUGGCGACGUCGGCGACAUUUUUACCCGAACUUACGAGUUUAGCUUCGAGGCCUUUGGAAGUAUAAAGACAAUCGACAUGCAAAAGAUCAAUAGGGAUACACCGUGGCCUCUUGCUAGCAAAAUCGCCACUCCGGCUCCGGCUUCGAUAUCUAUCGCGGGCUCUAGCGCUUGGAUGGAUGUACCAGCUUACUGCGAUCCUGCGACAUUAAACUCAACAACCUCCAUGACAGCCGAGGAGCUUAAGAAUGUCACAUCCCGCGAGCCUGCCUCGGGCACGGUUGCCAAUUCGGGGUCUGAGUCCAUAUCGCUUCAGUCCCCUGCACUCCCAGCUGAAGAGGCUGCGCUCGUGACCAAUCAGAACCGACAUCAGUUUGUCAGGGAUUACAUCUUCUGGCUUACAGACAAAUCCAUUCGACCACAGUUCGAAGCCUUCCAAAGGGGUUUCAACACAUGUCUGGAUCGAUCGGCUCUGUCCAUGUUUUCCCCAGAAGCCCUCAAAACCGUGGUGGAAGGUAUCCAAUCCAUUGACGUAAAAGAGCUCGAGGACCACACUCGGUACGAGGGUGGAUUUAGCCCUAAUAAUCGUGUCAUUCAUGACUUUUGGGAUAUUGUCCGAACAUAUCCAAAUGAAAAGAGGGCCCAGUUACUUGAAUUCGUUACUGCGAGUGACCGAGUCCCCGUCAACGGGAUCUCGAGCAUUAUGUUUGUGAUCCAAAAAAAUGGCGUUGGAGAUUCACGACUCCCUACCAGCCUGACGUGCUUCGGACGUUUGCUUCUGCCAGAGUACUCGUCAAAGGACACCUUGGCGAAGAAGCUUGACAAGGCCCUCGAAAAUGCCCAAGGGUUUGGCGUUGCAUAG